CGCCAGUUUGCGUCGCGGUUAUCACUUCGUGAUUGAAAUUGGGAGCAGACCUGCGCUCUUCCCGAGUUAAUUAAAACGCCCCCCUGAUUGGACGGGCGGAUAAUCCCGGCGGGCCGCGUGCUCCUACUAACUUGCGCGCGGGGCAGAGCGCCAGUCACAAUCUGCCCAAGGCGAGGGAGGGCACGAAAGACGCGCGAGAGGAAAUCGAGUGUACGAAGGGGACACGAGCGCUCCGGUCUCACAGAGCACAAUUACAGAAGUGUUGUUGAACGUGGGCUAUGCGCGCAGCAAGGGGGGAGCGCAGUGUACAGAGGAGGUGAAUGCUUGUAGAGGCUCAGCUUCAGAUUCACAGCCUCCUUCUUGAAGAGUCACUGCACUGACAGAGGGAAGGAGUGAGGCAAGGGAGGAACUCCUAGAAAACAGCAACUCUUGGAGAGAACGUGAGUACGAGCCACAGCCUUCAAAAACAAAAGAUAGGAUAAAGGGGAAUCGGAAGAGUAGACUUUUCCUGGUCAUAAUCUGUUUUGGAAGAGAAAAUGAAUGUCAGCGAAGAGAACCUGCUCAAGUCCAUCAGCAACGACGCGCUCCUCGACCUGACGCAGCGCUACGGCCAGUCAGCCUUCGGGUUUGGAGCUGGCCAUGGUGCUGGAAGUCCCGGACGGUUCCAGCUCACGCCAGCUACCGACUUUCUCUCCGGGCAGACAGCAAAGUCCAACGAGAGCGGCGGGGAGCACACGAGCGACGACGAGGACGGCUUCGACUCGCUGGAGUCCCGGAAGAGGGGUUCGGCGUUUGGGGAUGACAAGCCCGGGGGGCCCCUCGCCAAGAAGUCCAAGGAGCAACGGUCCCUGCGGCUCAGCAUCAACGCCCGGGAGAGACGGAGGAUGCACGACCUGAACGACGCGCUGGACGGCCUGCGAGCCGUCAUCCCCUACGCCCACAGCCCCUCGGUGAGAAAACUCUCCAAAAUAGCCACUCUCCUCCUGGCCAAGAACUAUAUCCUCAUGCAGGCUCAGGCUCUGGAGGAGAUGAGGCGGCUGGUGGCGUAUCUGAACCAAGGACAGACCAUAACUUCGCCAAUGCCCACCGCCCUGGCGCCCUUUGGACAGGCUGCCGUCUAUCCCUUCUCGGGUUCCGCGCUCGCUACCUGUGCCGAAAAGUGCACCACUUAUUCCGGGGCACCGUCGACCCUCUUCAAACACUGUAAUGACAAGCCUUGAUUUGUUUUUCACUCUCUCUCCUGAACUUUUACCUAUUCUGCGCCCAUGUCGGUCUCUCUCCCACUCUAGUUAUUUUUAAAUCAUUCUGUGGAAAAAAGAAAAAAAAGAAAACGAUUUUAGUCUAAUGCAUAAUCUUAAGAUAUGGUUAAGUAAUUAUACUGCAGUGUUUCAUCCAGAUUUAUCAAACGCUACAUAGAAAAUAAACUGUUUAGGCCUUCUUAUAGGAUGACGUCCCUGUCACUUUGUCGCUCGUGCAGGCCAUGUCCAAAUUAUGAGUUUGGGUAAAUUUUAGGAAAGCUUCUGCUGUCAGCUCUCAUUUGUAAUCUAUGCAACAUUCAACGACAACAACACGAAAAACUAAAAGAUGCCAAGAAAUGUGACCUAAUCUCAACUUUUAGAUUUAACCACGAGCAAUCGUGAAAAGACUUCCCCCUUGACUAUGAGUAUGAUGCUGUGUAGAGGGACAAAUCUGAUGUGAUGUUGGCUGAUAUAUUUUCUGAUACGAUGUGUUUGUUUUUUUGGUUUUAUUGCACAUCUCUCAUGAUUGUAUUGUUGAAAAGUCACUUGCUUCAAACCCCGGUUAUACUAAUGGUUAUAUGACUGCAGCCUAUAUAAAGCUGAAGAAGCGUUUUUUGGUUGUGUUGCAACUUGGAUUUCAUAUAUUGUUUAUAUGUCUUUAUAAUUAAAACACAUAUCUAUGCUCGGA